CAAUUUACAGUUAUUGCGUUUCUUACAGUUAAGACCCCUAUUGCUGAUGCUUUCGUUGCGUACACUCUCGGUGUAUUCCUUCCCUGCACUGUCACCGACGAGCUUGCCAUCCAAAACACUCGUGUUGCCUCGUAACAACCACGCGAAACGGUGGCUCGUGUUGCUCGGGAGGAGAGCCAAAGCAUUAUUGGUAGUGGUGUGUCGGGGAGUGCUUGACCUGGGAGUCUUCGAUCGCCUCCGUACUCCUCCUCGCACGCACACCUCUUUGGGAGCGACUCUCUCUCUCUCUCUGUGAAGCUGUAGUGGAGAAAUGCUACCGUCCAAUCACAAUCACACGGGGGUACCGGUGGUAGGGACCGGCCCCCCACGGAGGUCAUCGUCGGCCAAGCACAACCUACACGGCAACGCCAGUCACCAUCGCAACGGAUCGUCUCUGCUUUCCUCAUCCACCAUCCUCCUCGUAUUGGCGACGGCUAUUCCUAGUUUCUUUCUAGGCACACUUACUUGCUUAUUCGCCGGUAUUGAUUGUCAACAUCAGUCGUCGGCGACUGUGAACCUCCUGGAAGCCUGGCGCAGUGCCGAUCGCGAAUCCACAAGCUGCACUGCCAGCAGCAUCGAGCGUCAGCUACAGGCACGGAUACAGACACUACAAGCUCAGUGGGAGGCCGAUCUAGAGACCAAAAUACAACAACGCACUCGGCAAAUGGUCAAACCCGACGGCAGCGAUACGUCUACGUCGGGGUACCAUCGCGAUUGGCUCUUCCCCUCGGACCGGACCGGCCGCUUCGUCACCGCCUUGGUCCGGACGCCCAAACUCGGCUUGGUCGAUAACCUCGAUCUCGGAGUGCCCGUGGACCCACCCGGCAAGGGCUACGAAGAUGUCCUGCUACUCUACAGUCGCGAGUCCACCUUGCCACAGCCCGUCCGGGACGAUCCCACCCUGACCUUUAUGGCCAACACCACCGCCGCACUCGAGCACUGCGAUUUCGUCAACGUCGUACUUACGGAACACAGCGCCGGUCGGAAACAGUGUAUCGCCGUCGUGCCGCAGUACGAAUCCUACCACUUGCAAAAAUGGAUGCGGGCCCAUCCGCAAUCGGGAAAAUUGGACACUGCCGUCCCGCUGAGACUCGUCAGUCGCGGACACGCUGAUAACGGCAGACAAAACUUUAUACCACCGGCGCUCGAUGACGCCCGACAGGCCUGGGAAGUGCUGAAACAGUAUCUGGAUAGUGUCGAUGCGGUCUUGGAGGAACUGAAACCGCUACUGGAAAAUAUUGCGAUUGAGAACACCGUUAUCGUCAUGGUGGUGAACUUUGGUCAAACCGAGUUACUCAUGAACUUUGUAUGCGCCGCCAAAUCCCGAUCAUUGGAUUUGUCCAACGUCAUUGUCUUUACUACCGAUCAAGAGUCGACCGAUCUGGCCACGUCUUUGGGACUGACCGCUUACUAUGACCAACGGAACUUUGGAGAAAUUCCCUCCGAAGCCGCCCGGCGGUACGGUGACCGCCGCUUCACCGCCAUGAUGAUGGCUAAAGUCAUCUGCGUCCAGCUCGUCUCCAUGCUCGGUUACGACUUGCUCUUCCAAGACGUCGACAUUGUUUGGUUUUCCAACCCUCUCGAAUACUUUGCCCACGCCGACCCUGGCAUGGAUAUGUUUUUUCAAGACGACGGCGCCCAUUCUACUCGCUACGCUCCGUAUUCCGCCAAUUCUGGACUGUACUUUGUCCGCCACAACCGUCGCACCCGACACUUUCUCACCAGCCUACUCAUGGUGGGCGACCUGAUUGUCAAAACUGAUUCGCACCAACAAGCCCUCGUGGCGACCCUCAACGAACACGUUUCCUUGUUUGGACUCCGAGUCAAGGUACUAGCCCGCGAAACGGACGAGUUCCCCGGCGGAUACCACUGGAAUCAACGCUCGGGCAAGUACAUGCGCGCGUUUUACAGCGGCGACGUACAUCCCGUGCUUUUCCACAUGAGUUGGACAUUGAAUAAGAAGGACAAACUCCUAUACUUGCGUCAAAUGGGGGAAUGGUAUGUACAAGAACACUGCGUGGAAAAGAAACGGUCCCAGAUUUUGGGUUUACCCACAGAUACCGACGCGAACGCUGUGGACAGUUCAACCCUCGAUCUGGUCGAGCCGUGCUGCUCCGCCGAGGCUUUGGUAUCGUGUCACUACCGCGACAAGCCAAGUAUCAUUCCGUGCAAGGAUAGUCCACCAAUCGACAAGGGGAAGCCGUCGUUCUGGUAA